GCGCUAAGAAGUAUUAAAAUGUAAAAUAUAGUCAGUCAAAAUGAUGUUAACUAGUCUUUGGAUAAGUCUUGCAUAAAGUAGAUGUUAAAAAAUGUUACUGUUGAAUAUUGUUAGUGCUUUAAAAGCAGAACAUACCAAGUUUUGAGAUGAAUCUCACAUAAAGUGUCAAUAAUUAAUAAAACGAUAAAAUCGGAAAAAAGAAAAAGCAAAAAGAGUGAAAGAACUGAAAAUUCGUGAUUUUUUUUUUUUCAUAUAACAAUAACAUUCUUAUCAGUGCUUAGAAUUUGAACAUUUCGUAAUAGAACGUGAUACCUUCUAAUCAGAAAGAAGCAACAAAUAAAGUGAAAGAGAACUAAAACAGAUAAUUGUAUUUGAAUUAAGAAAAUAAUAAUUUUGUAUCAAAAUGGUGAGAACAGGACAUUUGUUUAGAGCACAUGGAGAAUUUUGUGCAUCACAUCCAUGGGAAGUAAUUGUUGCAUUAAUUACUUUUACCGCAUGUAUGUUUAGUGUUGAUAAAGGAAGUUCAAAUACAAAUGAUCCUCUCAUAUCAAAUGAUCCAAAUGUAAAGCCUAUUCACUUACGACAACAGUGUCAUGGCUGGAGAGAUUCAUGUGAUGGAUUUGAAGCUCAAUAUAUUGCUGCAGAUGUUAUUCUGAUGACUAUUGUAAGGUGCUCAGCAGUUCUUUACUGCUAUUAUCAAUUUUGUAAUCUACAUAAACUUGGAUCAAAAUAUAUACUUGGCAUUGCUGGUUUAUUUACGGUGUUUUCAAGCUUCAUUUUUACAUCGAGUAUAAUGAAUUUUUUGGAAAGUGACAUAUCUGAUUUAAAGGACGCACUAUUCUUCUUUUUAUUAUUAAUUGACUUGUCAAAAGCCGGAAUACUUGCAAAACUAGCACUAAGUGGAUCGAAUUCAGAUGAAGUUACACAAAAUAUUGCACGUGGCAUGGAAAUACUUGGACCGGCAAUAUCAUUGGAUACAAUGGUUGAAGCAUUAGUAAUUGGUGUUGGAACUCUUUCGGGUGUUCAACGUUUAGAAGUACUUAGUGGCUUUGCAGUAAUGUCAGUAAUAGUUAAUUAUGUAGUCUUCAUGACCUUCUACCCAGCCUGCUUGUCAUUAACAUUGGAUUUGUCACGCAACUGUACUGGAAAUAUAAACAAUUCAAUUAGCACAUCAACAAGUACAAGCAAUAUCAACAAUAAUAACAGUAGUAGUAACAACAAUAAUAAUAAUAAUAAUAAUAAUAUCACUGGAGAGGGAGGACAAAAAAUUAGAGAUCCAUCGCUUAUUCGAGCAUUAAGCGAAGAGGACCAGAAACAAAAUCCAAUAAUUCAACGUGUCAAAUUAAUCAUGUCAAGUGGUCUAAUGAUUGUUCAUGCUCACAGCCGUUUAACUUUUUCUGAGAACGAUGAUGUUGAGGAUCCACAUGUUAAUGGCAAUGCAAAUCCCGGAGCUGAUGCUAAAAAUCUUAAUAUGGCACAGCAAAUGAACAAGACAGAGUCUAGUGAUAUAUCUGACUACAUAAUGAAAUGGCUUUCAAUUAGCACAGAACAAAUCUUCAUUUUAAUUUUGCUGCUUACGCUUUGCAUCAAAUUCAUCUUCUUUGACCGUGAUGAUCUCACAAACCAAAUUCAACAGGAUCUGGCCAGACAAAUUGAAGAGGAAGAGCGCAAGAAGCGUGAAAAAGAAAAAGAAAUGCAAUUACAAGAAGUUAGAAAAAUGAUGGCACCACCACCGACUAUUCAAUUGCCACCAAGAGAACCAUCACCUCCACGUCGUCAUGCUUUGUUUUCAAUUUGCGAAGAAGAUCCAAUGACAAGAGAUAUUGAAGUGCAAACAGAUCUUACAGCUUUUGAUGUUUUUGGAGAUUCUGAUGAAGACAAUCCUGAAUUUAUUGAGUCUGCAUUAGUUCCAGUUCGUCCACCACGAUCAAUCGAAGAUUGUAUCAAAAUCAUGAUGUCAGACGUAGGUGCUAAAUCAUUGACUGACGAAGAACUUAUUCUACUUGUUAAUGCUGGUGGAAAUUAUCUACCACUCCACAAAAUUGAAACAAUAAUUGAAGAUGCUGAACGUGGUGUUAAAAUCCGUCGUCAAAUCAUUUCUCAACGUCUAGGAAUUAAAAAUAAUAGUGAACCAUUCUCAACUUUAAGUUAUCGCACUUAUGAUUAUAGCAAAGUAAUGAAUGCAUGUUGUGAGAAUGUUCUUGGAUUUGUAGAAAUUCCUGUUGGAUAUGCUGGUCCAUUGACACUUGAUGGAAAGAAAUAUUAUGUUCCAAUGGCAACAACAGAAGGUGCUUUAGUUGCCUCAACAAAUCGUGGAUGUAAAGCAUUGUCUUAUUAUGGAGUACGCAGUAUUGUUGAAGAUGUAGGAAUGACUCGUGCACCAUGCGUUAAAUUCCCAGAUGUUAUUAGUGCAGCACAAGCAAAACGCUGGAUGGAAACGGCUGAAAAUUUUACAACAAUUAAGCAAGCAUUCGAUUCUACAAGUCGUUUUGCUCGACUACAGGAACUUCUCAUUACAAUUGAUGGUCCACAGCUUUAUAUUCGAUUUAGAGCAUUUACAGGCGAUGCUAUGGGUAUGAAUAUGGUCUCAAAAGGUGCCGAGAAUGCAUUAAGAAUUGUUGCGCAUGCAUUUCCACAAAUGCAAAUUAUAAGUUUGAGUGGAAACUUUUGUUCAGAUAAAAAACCAGCUGCUAUUAACUGGAUUAAAGGACGUGGAAAGCGUGUAGUGUGUGAAUCAAGAGUUAGUGAAGAAGUGUUAAGGACAUUACUAAAAACAGAUGCAAAGACAUUAAUACAGUGUAAUAAACUUAAAAAUAUGGCAGGAUCAGCAAUGGCUGGAAGUAUAGGUGGUAAUAAUGCACAUGCGGCAAAUAUGGUGACGGCAAUUUUCAUUGCCACUGGCCAAGAUCCAGCUCAAAAUAUUACAAGUAGUAACUGUUCAACAAAUAUGGAAUUUCAUGGUGAAAAUCAAAAUGAUUUAUACAUUACAUGCACAAUGCCUUCACUUGAAGUCGGGACAGUAGGAGGCGGAACAGUUUUGCCUGGACAAAGUGCCUGUUUAGAAAUUCUCGGAGUAAGGGGAGCACAUCAGACUCAUCCUGCUGAAAAUAGUAAACAAUUAGCAAGAGUGAUUUGUGCCACAGUAAUGGCCGGUGAGCUCUCAUUAAUGGCAGCCUUAGUCAAUAGUGAUCUAGUCAAAAGUCACAUGAAACAUAAUAGAUCUUCCGUGGUUGUCAAUUCAUUUUCUACCUCAAGUCGUCCAUCGAUGGCAUCAAUUCCAAAAAUUUAACAUCAACUUAACAGCAGUAAUAAAAUUCUUAUGCGUCGUUAUUUAAAAAAUAUGUCGACAUCAUUUCCUUAGAAGCAGAUAAAGUGAAAUAAUUUACAUGCGAAUGUCCAAAUUCAUGUCUACAUAUAUUUUACUUUUUUGUCAGACAAAGUAAAAAGGAUUCCUCUAUUAUCAUUAAUUGUACUUUUAAAUUGUGUGAGAUAAUGAAACGUAUUUCCUCUUAUCUCACAACUUCUUAUGACAUUUGCGCAUUGAUAAUUUAAUGUAUUGAGUUAAUUAACCUUUAAGAGUGAAAAGAAAAUUUAAGUUUUUAGUUUUUUUCUUUUUCUAAAAUUGUCGAGUAAAGGAUUCUUAAUUAAUGUAUGAAAUGAUUUUAUAUACUUUCUUUGAAUUUUAUGACAAGUUGUGAUGGGAAAUUGUUGUUUUAAUUUUGUAAUUUUAGAAAAAGAAAGGAAAUGAAACGAUCAAAAUGUGUAAAUAAAUGGAAAUCGAAGAAGAUUUGUCAGUUUUAAUAUAGUUUGAAAUUGAACACUUAAUUAAGAUGAAUUCGAUCAAGCUUUUAAUUUUUCAUUUCAUAAUUUCCUUAAAACCGAAUGCUUCGUUUCUGUGAUAAUUUUGAUCGGUUCUUCCUAAUGCGCUAAUACUUUUUUUUUCGCUAUUUAUAUUUAAUUGUGUUGUUCAUGUAUGUACAGUAUUUUGUGAUGCUGUAAAAAGGAACUGUGUCAGACACUCGAGAAACAAUUGACAAGCACCAAAGGAAUUUAUCUCAUUAUAAAAUAUUCGACCAAUGACUUAUUCCGAGAUGUACGAUGUCGAGCUAGACAAAUAUUGAUUGGAAAUUAAUUUCCACUGCUGUAGUAGGACUGAUGAAGAGAGUAAUAUAAUUAAUUAGUGAACUUCAUUCUAGUUUCAAGGUAUAAAUAAAUUAUAGAAAUCAAAAAAUUAGAAGGAAAGAAAAUCACAGUCUUGCGAGGAUAAGAAUAAUACUUGUGCAUUAAAUCUUGUCACCCGUUAUUAAAAGAAAUUUUUUAUUCAUU